CUGUCGGUCAGAAAUGAACUCUGUCUGCGUCUUCUAUGUCUGGGUGUAAAGCAGUUUGAAAUUUUAACUGAAGUGAAGGGCAGUCAGGGUUGCAUUACGGGAACGGGAGAAGAAAGUAUACUAUUUAAAAAACAAAAUAAAAACAAACAAACAAACAAAAAAAAAACCGUGACGGGACACAUCAAUACUGCAAAAACACGCCUGGAAAAUGCUCAACGCAUAGAUCAAAUGAGGAAGUUUCGGUGGCUUGUUUAGGACACGGGAAGAAACAAUCAACUACUGCUGGUACCAGUUUCACUGUCGUAUUUUAGUUACAUUGUAAAUUCUGAAAAAAGUCAGGUGAAAUAAAUGUGCAUUUUGCAGUUUUGCAGGUGUACACUGCAAAAGAAUAAGAGGGAUGGCGCUAACCGAAACAAAGGAGCUAUGAAAAAACUGAACAACAUUGAGUGAAUGAAUGAAUAUGAUAUUGAAAGGCGAUUGGUACAUAAGAAAAUAAACUUUUCACGAAAAAAAGACCAAAUACAUGGCAAUUUAAGAGAAGCUGCGCAUUAAAUUUUUCGACCCAAACGAACGAUGGCAUCAGCACAGGCUAAGACAUGUUUUGUUGUGAAUAGUGCUGGUCGUAGCCUUAGCUGUGAAGGUGGCAUGGUGAAAGAGGAUGCCAACAAUGCAGCUGCACAAACCGCAACAGCGUUAACAGCAGCACUAACACUGGAGCAGAGAAGUUACAAACUGGACGACUUUGAUACUGUGUCUACUGUUGGGACUGGAACCUUCGGGCGUGUCUUUCUGGUAAAGGAAAAGAAAACAAGAGGAUAUUUUGCAUUGAAAGCAAUGAAAAUACCUGAUGUGAUUCGACUAAAGCAGGAACAGCAUGUACAGAAUGAAAAAGCAGUAUUAUCGGAGGUUAACCACCCAUUUCUAAUCAGAUUGUUUUGGACCCAUCACGACGAGUGUUUUUUAUAUAUGUUAAUGGACUAUGUGCCCGGUGGCGAACUUUUCAGUUACUUACGCAACAUGGGCCGCUUCAACAACAGCACAGGACUGUUUUAUUCUGCAGAGAUCGUAUGUGCAAUAGAAUACCUACACUCCAAGGAAAUCGUUUACAGAGACUUAAAACCGGAGAAUAUAUUACUGGACAGAGACGGCCAUAUCAGGCUUACAGACUUUGGAUUUGCUAAAAAGUUGGUAGACAGGACAUGGACUCUCUGUGGGACACCCGAAUACCUUGCACCAGAAGUGAUCCAGAGUAAAGGUCACGGCAGAGCGGUGGACUGGUGGGCUUUGGGAGUACUCAUCUUUGAGAUGCUCUCUGGAUAUCCUCCAUUUUUUGAUGACAAUCCAUUUGGUAUUUAUCAGAAGAUUCUGGCUGGCAAAAUAGAUUUUCCAAGACAUUUGGAUUUCAAUGUAAAAGACCUCAUUAAGAAAUUCCUUGUUGUUGAGAGGACAAGGCGGCUAGGAAACAUGAAGAAUGGAGCAGAUGAUGUGAAGAAACACAGAUGGUUCAAGCAUAUAGACUGGGAUGCAGUGCCCCAGAGAAAACUUAAGCCGCCAGUUGUGCCCAAAGUAUCUCACGAAGGGGAUACGUCAAACUUUGAAGCUUAUCCAGAAGAUGACUGGAAAAAGGACCCCCCAUUACCUCAUAAGGAUUUGGAAAUGUUCAAGAAUUUCUGAUGA